GCUCCGGCGUGAAUAGCCAGGCUGCAGUUACUGUCCACUCCUCAGAAAAACAACUGUUAUGUCAACUUCUACACUGUUCUGCCUCAAAAGAUUAUACGGAUUUACCAAUUUCAAACUUUUAAACUUCUUGCAGAUAGCUUAGAUAGCUGUUUCCUAACUGAGCGUAAAAUGUAGAAUUCCCCAUGAGAGAUUCGUGCGUAAAAUAACGGAAUAGUAUUAACAAGUAUGCACCCAGUGUCCACUAAUGUACAGCCAAUACAGCUGUUUUGCCUUAAAGUCUGCUUUUACUUGUGUGUUUAGUUUUUAGGGCAUAGUUGAAGUUGGUCUAAUCUAACAUCAACUUUAACUAUAACGUCAGUAAUAAACGUACACAUUGUACAGGUGUGUCUAGUAAAGAGGCCACUGAGUCUAUAACACUGCAGAUUCCAUCCAGUGAAUACCACUACAUUCCUGUUUCUUGAAUUUUUCAAGAUUGUUUUUGCUCUGUGAAUUGCCAAGACGAGAAAUAAAUCUUGUGCCAAGUGCAUUCCUCUGGAUAUUGUUUUGAAAUACUGCUCCAUGAAAUACUUAGAGAUAAGACAAUUCCGCAUGAAGAUCUCAGUACGAACUGUGGACUUAACAAAAAUGGGCUGGUAAAAUAUCCUGAGGACUGAUAAGGAAAGUGGGAACAGGUGAAGGUUACAGGAAGUAGCAGGGCUUGGCUGCUUUUCAGAGUGAACAAAACAAAAAAACAAAACAAAAACAACUAUAUUGUGGUUGGUUUUCCUUUCCUUGACCUCGAUUGAAAAUGUCAUAAAGUCAAAGAAAGAUGUGAAGAAGAAUUCAUAAGGACUCAAGACAAGAGAACUGCUGCGCUUAGAGAAUCUGACUGCAUUUACUCAACACUAUGUAAUCAUAUGAGAGCAGAUGCUUGUGUUGCUUCAAAUGAUGCUGCUGCAAGGAAAUGUGGAAUGGAAUUAUCUGCUUUUGUUUCUUUAAGGAUGGUCCAUUAUUCCCUUACACUAAAGGAGACAGGACAGGAAGCAUCAAACCAUAUUUCCUUACCAGUUAGAGAAUUUGACAAGCUCUGAUCAUGGCUGCCGGUUUGACUGUUCUGUAUUAGUUCACUCAGACAGGAAACCUUCCUAGGCAAAAACACUAUUCAUCUGCAGCCAUGAUAAGUGAAGUAGAAACAGGUGAGCAGGUGGCUGGGGCAGUCAGGUGAUGUCCGAAAGUGUCUAGUGGGUGGAUUUAAAAAGGAGAUGAAGGGGCCUGAGUAACAGGGAAUGUAUCUGUAGCAGGGAAACACAGAGACAAAUCGUGUCAUUAAUAAUGAUUUGUUAAGCAAUAAAAGGACUAGCAAGGCCUGAUAUUUUUUUGCCGACUGUCUUAAACCUGAGGAGAAAACUCAAAAUAUCAUCUUAACCAAUGAAGCACUACUAAUAAAUGAAUUUCCAGAGGGUGCCACUGUCACUCUAGAGUGUGCUAAUGGCCAUGUUCAAGAGAGUGGUUCUGGGAUUAUAACUUGUAUGAAUGGGGAAUGGAGUGAACCAGAUCUCAUCUGCAUAAAGAAAGACUGUGGACCCCCAGACCCUCAGCCGAAUAUGAGCUUUGAUAUGAGUGAUGGUACUUUGUUUGGAGCUUCAGUACUAGUAGUUUGCAAUAAAGGUUUCCAGGUUGCUGGAUCUAGCUAUAAACAGUGCUUUGCGGCGGGGUGGAGAGGAAGAGCCACGUGUGAAAUUGUAAAAUGUGAGCCACCUCCUGACGUGGACAAUGGCAGAAGCUCAUGGGAUUCUCAAGAUGAACCAAAAUACGGAGAAAUCAUAAAUUACGUCUGCAAUGAAGGAUUCACCCUCACUGGGAAAGCCCACAUUAUGUGCAGUGAAACUGGUGACUAUGAUUCUCAGCCUCCUGAAUGCAUAGAUGUGACAACAGAGAAUAUACCUUCAACAACAAUGGUAACUCCAACAUCUAUGCCUCCAGUUCAAGAAGUGCCCACUUCAACUGAUUCAUCUGGCACAGCCACAAGCCACAGGGAUAAACUCAUCACAACCAGUGCAACUGAUUCACCUUGCGCAGCCACAAGUCACAGAGAUAAACUCAUCACAACCAGUGCAACUGAUUCACCUUGCACAGCCACAAGCCACAGGGAUAAACUCAUCACAAGCAGUGUAACAUCAGCUACAUCACCUUCAACACAAGGUGGAAGUGCCAUUUUAACUGAUGAUAAAGCUGCUCCAGCCAGUGUAACACCAGCAACAUCAUUGGAAGACAAACAUGAUCAAGCUGAUACUUACAGCAAUAUUGGGAAUGCACCUGUUAUAGUCAGUGUGACAUGUGUGGUAGUAGCUGUUUGUGUAAGUCUUGUCUUUUUACACAAAUUCCUUCUGAGGAGAAAAGGCUCAUAUGACACCGGAGAAGACCUGAAGCCGGAGUUAUUACAGUUCCAAAAUCUUUAGAUUGCCUGCCUGACUGAGCACCAGCUCAGCACCUGGGCUCAUCUGAUAAAGAACAUCUGUGACCCUGGAGGGACAUGCCAGCUGGGUGUAGUAGUGCCUCUCUACGUUGAUGGGGAUAAAAAGCAAGAGAGAGUUCACUUUAAUGUUAUUGCACUACAAAUGGCAUAUAAUGAAAUGUAACAGGAUCAUAAAUCAACAUCCAAUGAUGAAAAGCACUUUUUGUAAUGAUGUAUUUUUUUUUAUUGCCACAUUAUUUUAACAAUUGUCAUUUUUUUAUGUAUAUAGUAAUGCUUUUUUGGACAUUAUUUAUAUAAAUAUAUAUAUUUUAAAUUGUAAUAAACACUUUAACGUUGCCUCAA